UUAAAACUGAACUGGUUCCACAUGCGGAACUCAGCAGGUGUCUAAAGAACGCCGUUGGAAAGACACGGCGAAACUCGUCAUGGGCACGCGGGUUUCGCUCCAAGAGGUCUCACAGGACUGGGACUCCAGAUUCAUCAGGCCACAUGGGCUUAGCACCUUACAGCCGGCGAUGGCCAGCCCACGCGAGGCUAUCGAAGAGUUUCUCUGGGUUCCCACCGCUUUCACGGCGCAAAGUAGUGUGGCGUCGGUGAAUCGCUCUGCCGCCCGCGGUCUGGAGGCGAUCCAGCACGCAAAGGAGGUCAUUCCUGGCCAACGGAAAGAGUUGAACGAAGUGAUGAAUGCCAGGAUGGCCGAGCUGGCACCCCUGUGCUCCAAAUACAUGUUCAGACGUGCCGAGCUGCAGGGCUUGAGCGCCGCGCAGUGCUUGGCCGCACAGGGCCGCUUGAACGCGGAGCAGCUGACUGACGAUGGGGGCCCUCCUGGAUGUGUGGAUCUACGUCAGACUAAAAGUCAAGGUGACCCGCGCCUGCCGGGCAAGACCUGUACCUGGGGCUACGGCAAGCAUAAGUUGAAGUGCUCGGCUAGGUGGUCGGUUCAGAUGUGCUCGCGCGGUUCCAUUCCGAUUGGUUCGACCUCGACAUCUGACCCGUUGGACUACUUGCGCGAUCGCGAGGCGGUGCCGGGAUCAGAUCCAGAUGGAGAAGCUUUGUCCAUGGACGACUGGGUUCGACGCUGGUGCCAUCCCAAGUUCAGUGUCCCUGCCAGAGCCUUAAACGCUGAUCUGGCAGCCGGGCAGCACGUGAGCAACGAGGAGGCUGAGUUGGAGGCCGAAGCUCUGAAACCGGCGGGGGACAAUCCAGACAAGGCUGCUGAGCUCGCAGUGGAGAAGUGACGCUUUCAGACCGGUGGAGAAGACCAGCGUGGGGUGAGCACGUGAAGAAACACCUAUUGAGCCUUUUGAGUCGGCAAAUCCGUGAAAGGAAGCAUCCAGGCUGGACCAGGCUGGGGCCACCGACCUUCGGUGGUUCAUUUCCGCCGAAGGUCGAGCCGUCCGUCAUUUGGAGACAGGAUAUGUUGACCCGUUCAGGAUACACCUUGACACACCUCAGUUGUCAUUUCUCUUGCAAAAGAGAAGAGCUUCCA